CCCCAGCCUCAGCCCCAGCCUCAGCCCCAGACAGUGUUGGAGCCCCAGUCUCAGUCCCAACCCCAUUUUAAGACGAGGCUUCAGCCUCAUCCCCUGAUUCCAUCCUGACUCAGCCAGUAUCCAACGGCAGGCUGUCGGGCCACGGGCGUAGCAACGGGCGUAGCAACGGGCACGGCAUGGGCAACUCCUCCAGAAAGGAGGAGGACGAGGAAGAGAAGGGGAAAGGGAAGGAUAAGGAUGCGGAGAAGGCAAAAGUAAUAGAGGAGGAGAAGAGGAGGAGGAGGAAGAAGAAGAUGAAGGAGGAGAUGGAAGACGACGAGCUGCCCCUAGGGGUGGAGGAGAUGCUGGCGAGCGGAGAUCCCGUCUUGGAUCUGAGCUAUAAAAAGUUCCGCAGGUUGCCCGGUGUGGUCUGUGGGCUACGUCACCUGGAGAAGCUGUAUGUGUGUCGUAACAGUCUGCGGACCCUCCCGGAGAACAUCGUCCAACUAAAGGGCCUCCGCAUCCUGGCUCUAGACUUCAACAAGAUGGAGAACGUCCCGUUGGCCAUCUGUCAGCUCCGUAACCUGACACGUCUCUACCUGGGCUCUAACCGCCUGAUGUCUCUCCCUCCAGAACUACGUAAUCUUCAGAGUCUUCGCUGCCUCUGGAUGGAGAGCAACUAUUUCACACGCUUCCCCCGCCAGCUCUACGACUUACCCCACCUCAGGUCCCUCCAGAUGGGGGACAACAGGCUGCGGACUCUGCCCCCGGACCUGUGGCGUAUGGAGGCUCUGCGAGGGCUGUGGUUAUACGGAAACCGUUUCACCGAGUUCCCCCGUGUCUUACUCCGCAUGGUGGAUCUGGAGAUUUUAGACCUGGACAAGAACAAGAUCGAGGUGUUCCCUAAUCUGAGCCGGCUCCCCGCCCUCCGCCUCUUCUCCUAUGACCACAACCCAGUGGAGGGGCCUCCCGGCGUGGGGGAGGAGGUGCUGCUGGUGGGAGAGGGGGCCCAGGAGGAGCUGCAGGACCGAGUGGACAGGAAGGCUAAGAAGGAGCAGGAGGCGAGGGACGCGGAGGAGGCUGCGCUGGCCGGGGAUGGGCCUGUGAUCCAGGGCAUUCUAAAGACGGCCAAACAGAACAGUGCGUCGCACCCAGGGCACAAGCAUGACGAGGCCAUGCCCCUAACCGAGGAGGAGAGGAGGAAGAAGGAGAUGGAGGCGGAGUUAGAGAAGGCGUUGAACGACUACGGGGCGGGGCUUGAAUACGACUUGGAGGGGAUAGAAUACGAGAAGGAGUUUAUAUGUGAGGGGGAGGGGUAUGAUGGCGGGGAGUUGGAGUAUGGACGAGGAGAUAUAGACUAUGAGUAUGAUGAGGGGGAGGAGCUAGAGGAACCAGGAAGACAAGUGGGCCGGUAUUGAUGACUGACUAACUUCUCCCCCUCCUAAGCCUCUGACUCCUCCUCUCCUAAGCCUCUGACUCCUGCUCUCCUAAGCCUCUGACUCCUCCUCACCUAAGCCUCUGACUCCACCCCUCCUAUGUCUAGACUUGUUUGAAAUUGCAGCAGACAUUGCAGGUGACGGACUGAUCUUACAAGUCACCUUUCAAAAUAAAUCACGACUUAGAAUUAUUUGUAGAUCAGUCAGUCAGUCACAAUUUACCCACAAUCCAUCACAGAUGUGACGCUCUCGGACACAGCCUCUGACUACUGCAACACUCUCAGGGCUAUAGGAGGUGAUGUGAAGAAAAAAAACACACAGGAAUUAUCUAGUAAGGUUAUCAAAAUAGUUUUCCUCUGCCUUUCUUAGCUCCAGCUGUCAUAACAAUGCUCAACUAGAGGGUUGUUGAACUUUUAGUAAAUCUUGUGUGAAAUGAAUUAAUGACUAGCCUCCUGAACCUGUGGCUGUAAUAUAUGACUUUCUCUUUCUCUCUGUAGUUAGCAUUAGGACAGGGCUGACACUAAAUGACUAAACUCAUUAGAUGUUUUUCUAACUGACCUGUGAAGAUAUAUUAAUGCACUGCACGUUGUGGGAAUGAAGGCUGGAUGGAUGAUGACUGGCUGGAAGGCUGGCUGGAUUGAUGGAUGAUGGGUUGAUGAAUGAUGGAUGGAUGAAUGAAUGAAUAAUGGAUAGAUGGAUGGAUGGAUGAU